UCUCUGAAUAUCAGCCAUCCUUGUCAAAAGUUGAGAGGGAAAAAAACACAUGGCUUCCCGCAGGUCAAGGUCGCUAUCAACCCCGUCAGAGGGCGAGAUAGUCGAGUCGGGAUCAGAGACGAAGGCAACUACGUCGCAAACUUCCAUGAAUGACACGAAUGUUAACCGUCGUUCCAGACUGAGUCCAUCGUUUUCUCCCAGAUCACCUGCUAGGUCGCCUCGGCGCCGAUCUCGAUCUCGAACGCGUUCGCCUUAUCGACGCGGCGAGAAACGUCGACGGUAUGAUGAUUAUGACAAUGUGGAUGAUUAUCGACAUGGCUCCUACCGAUACGAGUCUCGAUCCGAUCAUGACCGCAGCAGAUAUGCUUCGCGCCGUCACAGGACUUAUCAUGACUACGACCGAGACGAUAGCUACAGCGGCGGACUCCGAUAUAUGGAUGACUACGAUCGACGUGAUAAACGACAAAAGACGCGGAGUCGAUCACCUUUCAAAGACGUAAGAAAACCGAAAAAGUACGAUGAUACUGAUGUUGUUGGUGAAUCUCUGAAGGUGGCUUUUAGAGAGCAGUCAGAGAGCGAAAGGGGUGCUUCCGCUGUCGUCACUGAAGAUGCUAAACUGCACACUGAACGAGAGCGUCGGGUGCCUGAGUCUAGCACAGAUGCUUCUACUGGUUAUUUGAAUGGGUCAAGUGCAGACGUUAGUACCACUGAACCACCCGAAGAAAUUCUAGAUGAAGCAGCACGGUUGGAAGCCCGACGAAAACGGCGCGAAGCUAUUAAAGCCAAGUAUCGAGGCCAAGAUGCGUUGCGAAUCCAAGCAUUGCAUCAAGGAGCUGAUGCGGAGCUCACGCCCGUCACUCCGAUGAGUAGAGCUGAAUCACCCAAAUCUCCUGCCUUGGAAGUUUCUACCGAAACCCCUGAAAAUGAAUUUACAGUUACCAAGGAUGAAGAUCUUGCUAAUGGUACCCAGCCUAUGGAAGGCAUUGAAAGAGACGAACCAUCUGCAGCAGACUACGAUCCCACCCAAGAUAUGCGAGAAGAGCGACAGAGGCAUGAUAAGCGAUAUGUUGGAGAGGAGGGUGUAUCCGCAACUGCUUACGAUGAAACCAAAGCAACAAAACAAGAUGUACUCAUUCCCGAAGCACAACCAGAAGCUUCCGCCAAAGAUCCAUACGACAUGUUUGCUGAAGAUGAUGACGAUAUGUUCGCUCCGGAGCCCGAGGAGCAGCCCGAUCAUGCAAGUGCCAAGGCGAUCCCCAAGGCAAAAGAACUUGAUAUGACCAUGUUAGACAACUGGGAUGACCCUGAGGGCUACUAUAAUGUGAGACUGGGUGAGUUGAUCAACGGUCGUUAUCAUAUCCAUCAGAACCUAGGUAAAGGCAUGUUCUCCUCCGUGGUACGCGCCACCGAUUCCAAGAGUGGCAAAUACGUGGCCAUCAAAAUUAUUCGGAAUAAUGAUACAAUGCGAAAAGCAGGGUUGAAGGAGAUUCAGAUUCUUGAAAAAUUACUGGAGGCAGACCCAGAGGACAAGAAGCAUGUAAUACGAUUUGAACGGUUCUUUGAUCACAAGGGACACCUUUGCAUGGUGUUUGAGAACCUCAGCAUGAACCUGCGGGAGGUGCUAAAGAAAUUUGGUCGAGAUGUCGGACUGAAUCUACGAGCUAUAAGGGCGUAUGCACAGCAGAUGUUUCUUGGAUUGAGCCUGCUCCGCAAGUGUAGCAUCCUGCACGCAGACUUGAAACCAGACAACCUUCUGGUAAACGAGCAGCGAAGUGUCUUGAAAAUUUGCGAUUUGGGAUCAGCUUCCUCGGCAUCUGAUAACGAGAUUACCCCGUACCUAGUCAGUCGAUUUUAUCGUGCUCCUGAAAUCAUUCUUGGUAUUCCAUAUGACUACGCGAUUGAUAUAUGGUCUAUUGGUUGUACGUUGUACGAGCUAUACACAGGCAAGAUCCUAUUCACAGGCCGCAACAACAAUCAAAUGCUCCGAUCAAUCAUGGAAUGCCGUGGGAAAUUCCCAUCAAAAUUUCUACGCAAGGGUACCUUGACGCACCAUCACUUCGACGAAAUGCUCAACUUCCACAGCACAGAAGAGGAUAAACUCACGGGAAGAGUAGUGACAAAAAUUCUUGAUUUCAAGAAACCGACGCGAGAUCUUAAAUCACGGUUGAUGGGGAGUGGCAUCACGGGUAGCAAGGGAGGUUCCAAGGGGAUGACGGAGGGUGAGACGAAAGAGUUGGCGCAAUUUGUGGAUUUGUUGGAUCGUUGUUUGAAUGUGAAUCCGGAGAAGAGAUGUACACCGUUGGAAGCUUUGAAGCAUCCUUUUCUUUCAAGGAAAUAGUUUGAUGUGUCUGGGUAUGUGUAUAUAGUCUAUAGCAUAUGUUUCUGUCUCGAGCGUACACGUUUAGUCAAAUGUCAGCCUCUGAAAGUGCGAUUGACAAAAGGCAUCCAUGUUGUAGACGUUCUUAGGUUGACUAAAUGCUAUGAAAUCCCGGGCGUACUACCUAGGUACUGGUCAGCUAACGAUAUCAGACCGUGA